AUGUCCCGCCCCCAUCUCCUCCCCCUCCUCCUCGUCCUGGUCCUCCUCCCCAUUCCGCUCCACUCCCAACCCGCCCCGAUCACCUCCACGACGCCGCCGCCGCCCCAAUGCGCCCUCAACUUCACCGCGCUGCGCCCCUUCCUCGCGCCGCCGCUCCCCGCCGACGACGCCUUCCGCUGCUCGCUCGCCACGCAGUCCGUCGCCUUCCUCCUCUCCCUCCAACUCGCCGCCACCGACUCCUUUGUCCUCCCCCACAACGCCUCCUCUUGUCUGUCCCCGCUCCGCGUCGCACUCCCCUUCCCGCUCCCCGCCUGCGGCGGCAUCUUGGACGGCCUCGACUCUCUCCUCCCCUCCCCCGGCUGCGGCAACGUCUCCACGCUCGCCGACUUCGACGCGCUCGUCCCGCCCUCCGCGCGCGGGGACAUGGACGCCAGCUGCGACCGAGACCUUUCCGCCGUCCCCGACUGCACCGUCUGCACCACCGCGCUCAGCAAGGCCGCCGCGGCCUACCUCCUCUCGGGAUCCCACAACAGCGCCGGGAGCAACAACGUCACCGGCUGCGCGCAGUACCCCUUCAUCUACGCCGGUGCCAAGGCCAGCCCGCGCGGGCCCGCCGACCCGGCCACGGCCUACUGCCUCUACCUCCUCAAGGCCAACCCUCCCCCGGCCGCGACCUCCGGCACCGCCCCUUGGGUCUACGGCGUUGCGUUCGGAUGCCUCGGGGCGGUGCUGCUCGUCGCCGCGGCCGCGGGCUCCUGCUUCCUCGUGCGGCGGAGGCAGGCGCGCGCGGCGGCGGAGGCGCUGGCGGCGGCCACGGCGGACAGCAGGAGCAAGCGCUCGCAGGCCAUGGAGUCCAUCAACGCCAGCACCACAUUGGUCAAGUUCACCUACGACGACAUCAAGGCCGCCACGGGGGGUUUCGCCAGGGAGAGCAUCAUCGGCCGCGGCGGCUUCGGGAAUGUCUACAAGGGGGUACUACCCGACGGCGCCGAAGUGGCGGUCAAGCGAUUCAAGAACUGCUCUGCCGCCGGGGACACCGCGUUCGCGCACGAGGUGGAGGUCGUGGCCAGCGUGCGCCACAUCAACCUGGUCACGCUUUGCGGGUACUGCACCGCCACCACACAGAGGGAGGGCCACCAGCGGAUGAUCGUUUGCGACCUGAUGCAUAAUGGCAGCCUCCACGACCAUCUGUUUGGCGCCGGAGAGUGCCAGAUGUCGUGGCCGGUGAGGCAAAGGAUUGCUGUCGGGAUGGCAAGGGGGCUGGCGUACCUGCACCGCGGCGCACAGCCGGCCAUUAUUCACAGGGAUAUCAAAGCGAGCAACAUCUUGCUUGAUGACGAAUUUGAGGCCAAGGUGGCUGAUUUCGGACUAGCCAAGUUUGCGCCGGAGGGGAUGACACAUGUGAGCACACGGGUUGCCGGAACGCUUGGUUAUGUCGCCCCUGAGUAUGCGCUCUAUGGCCAAUUGACCGAGAAAAGCGAUGUCUAUAGCUUUGGAGUCGUGCUUCUUGAGCUUCUGAGUGGGAAGAGGGCGUUCAUCUCUCUCGGCGAGGGCCAGAGCUUUGUGCUCACCGAUUGGGCUUGGUCCUUGGUGCGGAGGGGGAAGACGGUGGAUGUGAUCCAAGAAGGAAUGCUUGAGCCUGGUCCUACUGAGGUAAUGGAGAAGUAUGUACUUAUCGGCGCGCUCUGCACACAUCCCCAGCUGCACGCGAGGCCAACAAUGGAGCAAGCGCUGAAGAUACUUGAGGCAGAUUCAGCACCAAGUCCAUUGAUUAUUCCUGAGAGGCCACUCCCUGUUGUUGCAAACUUGGGUGAGAUAGAGAGGUCAGCCAGCAGCGGCGGCUUUGGUCAGCUGUUUAGUCCCUCUGGUUUCCGGUCUUUUAUUCAUGGAAUUGAGGACACUGCUAUGGCGUCUCCAAAUGAAACAUGAUCUUUUACUUAGCCCAUUAGUCAAAUGUUUGUUUAUUGCUAGAAACUAUUGUGUACCAUAAUUCUUUUUGUUAGCUCGAUUUUGUUUCAUUGGAUUACAUGCUUCAGGCAACUGUUAUAUAUAGCAAUUUGUAGUUUUGCUCCCACAGGAAAAGUAAGGUUCUUGUGUGACAGUUGAAUUCAUUGGAAUAUAAUGAGUGAAGUUUUUUAUUUGCUA